GAAGGAUGUCUGCUUUGCACAGACAAGUAAUUAAAGAGAAAUUAAUUUCUCCUACACUUUUUGUUAAAACAGAAUUUGAAGAUGUGGAUUUGAAUGAAUCUAAGACAGAUAUAGAUUCUGAAAGUGUUUGUAAACUUUAUAAUGAAAAUAUGAGAAUGAGACGUUUUGAUGUAAAAGAUCUGGAAUCUGAAGGGAAUGAAUUUGUUGAUAAGAUGGGUUGUGAGGAUUUUAACACUUUAUGGUCAGGAUAUUUUGAGAAAUCUUUGAAGAUUGGCCCUUUUCAGGUGUAUUUGACAGUUCCUAAAUUAUCAGAAACAAAGGAAGGGACAGGAAUGAGUUUUUUUAUAAUGCAUCAUGGAGCAGGAUCGUGUGGGUUGAGUUUUGCAUGUCUAGCUAAAGAAAUCACUAAAAUAACUAAUGGAGCUUGUGGAGUAUUGUCAUUUGAUGUUCGUGGACAUGGAAUAUCAGAUGAGGUAUUGCAAAAUGGUCUAUUGGAUCUUCGAUUAGAAGAGUUAUCUAAGGAUUUUGUUAAAAUGGUAGAACUUGUUUGCCAGAAUUUCGGAUGGGAUGAUAUAUCGGAGAUUGUUUUAGUUGGUCAUAGCAUAGGAGGUGCUGUUCUUACUCAUGUGGCAAAAAACCAGUUGUUACCGAAUAUUUUGGGUUGUGCAGUUUUAGAUAUAGUAGAAGGUUCGGCUAUUAAUUCUUUUUCGACAAUGAUGUAUCAUCUUUUAAAGAGACCAAAAUUCUUUAGUUCCAUACGAGAAGGAAUUGAUUGGCAUUUGAAAAACAAGAUUCUAAAAAAUGAACAAUCUGCUAAGGUUUCUAUACCUUUGCUCUUUAAAAGACAAAUAUCUUUAAAUACUGGUAAAAACAAAUGGAUUUGGAGAGUUGAUUUAAAUGAAACUGAACCCUUUUGGCACGGAUGGCUGAAUGGACUAUCCGAUUGCUUUUUAGCUAUUCCAUCUGCAAAAUUACUUAUUCUUUCAAGCAAAGAUAGACUUGACAAAACAUUGAUGAUUGCUCAAAUGCAAGGAAAGUUUCAAUUACUCACUUUUCAAAACACUGGUCAUUUUAUUCAUGAAGAUUUACCCGAAUUGACUGCAAAAGCUCUUGUUUCUUUCUGGAAACGAAACCAAAAAUCCUUAGAAUUAUCCAAAAGAAUAUAGGCUUUUGAUAUCUCAUAUAAAUGGAACACCCGGGUGUUCCAUAAAGAAAAUGUC